AUGCCUAAGCCAAUGGGUUCUGAAUGUGAAGGCGUACUCAUCAGUAGCCUUCUUCUCCUUAACUUUCCUCUUCUCUUGCAACUUGGCACUGAUGCUACUUCCUAUUAUGGCACUAUACCUGUCGAAGGUGUUGCUCUUCGAUACCUCAUCAACAGUUUACAGUCCAGUGGAAUAACGUCUGUCCAGUUGAAUUGGUAUUGUUCAAACGACAUGCACGACCAGAUCUAUUGUUCCUGUGACAACAAAACCCGAGCUUGUUCCAUCGUCGAAAUUGAUCUAUCCGACAAUCAGCUGCAAGGUGUGAUUCCGCUCUCGCUGAGCAAUUUACGAAGUCUCGAAAAAUUGAACCUUUCAAGAAAUAUGUUGACGGGUUCUAUACCUGCUAGCCUGACAUCGAUGCGUAGGCUGAGAGAGCUGACUCUGGAUGACAAUAAUCUUGAGGGAAACCUUCCAAAGGAGCUUGGGAGCUUGGUCAAUCUUACAGACCUGUACUUGACAUCAAACAAGUUUAACGGAAGUAUUCCUGACACAUAUUCCAAGCUUGUCAAUCUAAAAACGUUUGCAGUUGGUGGAAACAAUUUGUCUGGUCCGAUACCUAAUUAUGUUGGAGAAUGGAUCAACCUCACCAGUCUGAUUCUUCUAGGAAAUAAUUUCUACGGAAAUCUGCCUCCAAAAACUUUUACUCUACCAAAAUUAAGGACAUUGUUAGUCAGUGAUGUAAGCAAUCCUGGAAUAUCUUUACCAGACGAUAAAAAUAUAUCAGAAAGUUUGGCUAUUGUGGUUAUGAGGAAUUGCAAAAUUAAUGGUUCAAUACCCGAAAAUAUUGGCGAGGGAAUCGGUUCAUAUAUCUUCACCCGACCAGGGUACGAUCGUAUUUCCACUAAAAUGAGUUUUCUUGCAGAUAAUUCCUUGUUUAUAAAUAGUGGUGGUGAGGAGGUAAGAAUAGGAAAGGAUCAUUAUCAUAAUGAUACCUCGACAGCAAGUUUUAAUCGAAGUCCAUCUGAGGAUUGGGCUUAUAGCUUUUCUGGAGACUACUUUUGGGCCACAAUCAAUAACAGUACUUUAGUAAGAAACUCAACGUGUGAAGUGUCUAGUCCUGAGGCAAAGUUACAAAACAAUUUUCGCCUUGCUCCUGUCUCUCUAACGUAUUAUGGGCUAUGCUUGCGUAAAGGCACGUACUUUGUGACACUUCAUUUUGCUGAAACAUUAUAUUCGAAGGAAGAAGAUAACAGCAGAGUUGGGAAACGCGUUUUUGAUGUAUAUAUUCAGAAACAAAACGUGAUGAAAGAUCUCAACAUAAAGGAAAUCCCUGGAGAACAAAAUGAAGAACGAAAGCUAAGAUUCCCCACUACAAUACAUGAUGGUUCGCUGGAGAUCCAGUUCUUCUGGGCUGGCAAAGGUUCUCUGUACAAUCCACCUGCUAUCAAUGGACCUCUCGUUUCAGCUAUUUCAGUCACCCGUGCUGUUGUUUUCUGUUUCCAAAGUUCCCAGAAAACUACAUCCUUGGGAAAUCGCGGUAAUUACAGUAAGCUGUAUUUUGUUUCUGCUUCUGCUGUUGGCCGUUAUGUGGAGAAUGGGCUGGAUAGGAGACAGAGAAUUACGCGGGGGCGUUCUGGGAUAGUAUACAAGGGUGAACUGCCGGGUCUUACUGUUGCAGUGAAGAAGCUGUUCUCUCGGUCAAAAGCAGUCGACGAAAUAGCACGAGAAGUUUACGCCAAGAAGGUCUUAGACUUGAAACAUGAGAAUCUCGUUCCAUUGCUUGCUACUUACUCCAAAAAUCAACUACAUUUGCUAAUAUACGAAUAUAUGGAACAUGGAUCACUUAAGCAGGCUUUAUUUGAUUCAAAUUCUACAGUGGAUCUUAAUUGGGAAAAUAGAUAUAAUAUCUGCUGGGGAAUAGCGAAGGGUUUGAAGCAUCUUCAUGAGAAGGAACCACAAAUAAUUCACAGAAAUAUCAAAUCCACUAAUAUUCUGCUGGGGAAUUGCGAAGGGUUUGAUGCAAAAUGUAAUGCCAAAAUAUCAGACUUUGGUUUGGCUAAGUUUUAUGAGGAGGAAAGUCAAUAUAACAUCAUGCAAGCAGGAGGAGACGCGUAA